AUGGGCCGAAGUAUAGCGUCUCCUUUGUCGAGUCUAUUGACGAUACACGGUGUACGUCAGUUGUUUCAAGACUCUAUAGAUGGUGCAGACGUUCAUGUACAAGUGCUGGGUGUUUAUCGAUACUUGGCCGAUCCAGCGCUAAAGCAACGACUGGGUGAGACAUUUCGAAACACUUGGGAUGUAUUUGACAUGCUUGUGAGUGAUGGUCAGUACAAGAUGAAGGUGGUGCUGAGUCCCAAAUGCUACAAUCUUAUCAGGACGCGAGAAAUGACUGCUCGUAGCAUUAUUCGGGUGAUCAAGUAUACAGUGUUUCGUGAAGACUCAAAGGAUGAGAAGAAGAAGAAGAAAAAGCAGCAAGUGGUUGUUCUUUUCCAGGAAGUUGCAGUGACAUCGUGCAAUAUGGAAGGAGAGCGGCCUUUGAAAAUUGUUGCUCAAAGGUCUAAAACUAGUAGCAACGAUAAGCAGCUAAGAUUUAUAUCGACGACUCAUCCACGAGAAGUGGAUUUGCUUCCGUUGGUGGGAGAGCGUGUCUACUACUGUCCACUGUGGUCGGACCACUACACGCUCGAUUGGGCGUGUAGCUUUACUGGUGGUGUUCCAGAGGAGGAUUCGCCGCUGGAUGAGCUGGAAAAUAGUUGCACUCGCUAUGAUGAUGAGUGGAAAGCUAUGGAGGGGUGUAGUCAUAGACAGAAGGUUCGAUCCACUUCGGUGGUUGCAUGGAAUGUCAAUCCCGAUUACUGCUCGGACCUAUUUACACCUGAGUGCAAGAAACUUUUUACAGUUUUGGAGGCGGUCAAAGAGAUUAUGCAAGACAAACAGGACGGAUCUCGCAAGUCGCACCCGCUCAUGCUAGGAGCGAUUCGUGUCAAGUCCAAGCUGAUGAACUUGGGUGAUCCAGACAUCGCAAAUCCGUUCCCGUUUGCUUUCAACGCGGUUGUUGUGGAUGCAAAGGGGGCAUUUGAGGUGAUGUUCUUUGGUUCUGUGUGUGCGAAGUAUUUUUUGUCUUUAUACGAAGGUGACCUCAUCCAAUUCCGAGGUUAUUCGGUCAUUAGCCCUCAAAAGCUUGAAUGGACGAUGACAACCAGCCCUUUGAUAUACUAUGAACAUGGAUCGUCUGGACGUGCCCUUCAUGUGCCACAGAAAUACUGGAAGCUGUUAGAUAUGACUGGGAUGGCACCUCAUCUACUACAAAAAAUCGGCGAUGACAUUUCUCUGUCACCUCGGCGAGCCGGGUCACGCAAUUUAUUUCAGUUGCGCCCAUCAUGGCUCGAGUGCAGCUUCGUGACCAUUUCAAACACUCAGUACUGGGGUAAGAACGUGAUAAACAGCCUAGACAGGAUGUACUUCGACUUUGUCGGUGUCUUAUCGAAUGUCGGGAAGAUCUGCCGCCGGCGAAAACGCAAACUGGGCAAAGAAGCUCCCGAGAUGACUGGAUACCGGUGGGUGAAAAUGAUUGACAGUAGUUCAUUGCAUGAACUGGUUAUCAGGCUCAGCGAGUACUCUCAGCCAGCUGUCUUUCAGUCUCUCGAAGCGGGCAACACCUUGAUGAUAACAAAGCUGCAGUGGAAAAGGCUGCCUGAUGCUGGCUCAGGUGACGAGCGCAUCCAGUAUGCAACGAUGAGCGAAUUUUCCGUUCUUCGAGUGAACGAAGCUGUAAUGCCAUUCCAUUCUAUUGACGAGUGCAACCUGAACAUUUACUUUGCAAACGAUAUCAGGAAAGACGCCGUGUAUGUCUCACGUGAAGUCACUGGAGAGAGCAAGCUCACCGCAAAGUUGGAAAAGAAAUAUCAUCCGCGGAACCGUUUGCCAACGGAUGUUGAUGAGUUCAAACAAGCGUUCGGUUUGAAGGUGUGCUCGUUCAGUGAUCUUGAGGCGCUACUGCUGCAAAUGGAAGCCUACGAGUAUCAGCACGUAGGUUUUGUUGGCCAGGUGAGCGCUAUAAGCAACGAUAACGACUCGCGAAAUGGCGGGCCUUCAGUUUUGCUGGAACUCAAUGAAGGCAAGAACAUCGAUCAAACAUUGACCGUGGCGGUGACCAUUAAUGAACUGUACCAGAAGCCUGCUAUCAAAGGAAGUGUGAAGAGGGUCGCUCCACCCGAGUCGCUGCGUUUGCUACGGCUCCUGCCGGCUGAAGUUGUUGACGAUAUGUAUGUCAAAGCUGUUGGAGAUAGAUCUGCGUGGUCCAUGCGCUCUGCAAGUCCGGGGUUAUCGCUGUCGUUUAUCGAAGCGUACCUGAUUAACUCAAAACGUGACUACUUCUUCUCGUUGCAGCUCUAUCGCGAUGGGAUUGGCUGCGUUACUUGGAAAGUCGAUGCCAUUCUUGCCAUGCCUUGCUGA